AUGUUGAUGAUUAAUAGAUACCCAAGACAAUCUUCGCUAAUAGCAAGGGUAUUUCAGAGCUCCAAAAGAUUUCAGUCCGCUCUUAGACCUGGUACAAGUCAGGAUCAAGCAAAAAAUCAGCCAAUAGUACACGGCCCCGCUGAUUUUAGUUAUGACGAAUCUAGUACAGGAUCAUCAAAAACAGAUUUACAUCUUCUAGAGCAGGGAAUAAAACGCACGGACGAACUAACCUCACAGUUCACUGAUUACACCUAUAGAUUCAAAAAGCUACCCUUAAACUAUGGUAGCAACCAAUUACUCAGCGUUGACAAAGAGCUGCAAAAAGAUCUUGAUGGAAUCCUGUCUCACUUCAAUGCUCCCAUAAGAUAUGCUUUCGGUUAUGGCUCUGGUGUUUUUCAGCAGACGGGCUACUCCAAAGGUGAAGACUCUCCACAAAUGGAUCUUAUUUUUGGUGUCACUCAUCCAGAUCACUUUCACUCAUUAAACAUAAGGCAGAAUCCGCACCACUAUUCUUCACUUCGUUAUUUCGGCUCUGAGUUUGUUUCAAAAUUUCAAGAUAUUGGAGCAGGAAUCUAUUUCAAUCCUUUUGUUGACAUAAAUGGGCACUCGGUCAAGUAUGGAGUCGUUUCGAUGAAUAAUCUGCUGAAGGACCUAGCUUCAUGGAAUUCAUUUUACCUUGCAGGAAGACUUCAAAAACCAGUGAAAGUUUUGAAGAAUGACUGCAGGGUUCAAUAUUGGAAUCAAUUAAAUCUUAAGGCGGCAGCCACAUUGGCUAAACAUUUAACAUUGAGGGAAAACAACAACGUUUUUGAUGAGUUUAAUUUCUACAAGCAAAUUACGGCUUUAAGUUAUGCUGGCGAUGUAAGGUACAAGUUAGGUGGCGAAAAUCCAAAUAAGAUCAAUAAUAUAGUUGAGAAAAACCUCGAUAACUUUCGUCGUUACUACAAGCCAGUUUACAAAGAUGUUGUGCUUCAAAACUCAAGCUAUUUACCCCAGGGCUUUACACUUGACAAUUCAAUUAGUCUCUUGGAGAAAAGAAUCUACAGGACAAGCACAAUUCAAGCACUGAAAGGUAUAUUUACUGCUGGUAUCACAAAAUCGGUAAAAUAUGCGUGGGCGAAGAAAUUGAAAGCUAUGAAAGGUUCAAAGUAG